GAGGCCAGUGAGACAGUGAGACCCAGCGCACAAAGUGCAAAAAUCACAUCCAAAGCUUGCAGUUUGUCUGCCGGCCAUGGAGUCCCAGGAAGCCUACCAUUCGUCAGCCGGAUUUGCAAGUGUCUUGUGUGAGGCAGAGGAUGACUCUGAAUCGGAAGAGAUCGAAGAGGGACGACACGAGGACAUCGUCAAGGACUCAAGGACACAAUCGCGCUAUCAAUCUGACUGGUCAGAACGUGUGCCACGCUACCUCAAGCAGUCCGAUUCGCAGACAGCAGCAGCCCUCCUUCUUCUGCGUCAGCGGCAGAUAGCUCUGGGGGACAUGAUCAGUGGCGCUUGUCUAAAAUGCUUCACCGCAGACAUUGACAUUGAGGAUGAAACUGCAUCUGAAGAUGAGGAUCUGGCUGAUUUGCUUGGGAAGCGCAAACUUACACUGCACGAUUUUUCUGCCCGGCAGCAUUUGCUCAGACCAUUGAGGACUGACAGCGAGAAGACUUUUCAAGCGAGAAUCUCAAGGCGUUUUCCAUUGACGCGACUUUUCCGAGAGGCCACAUCCAAAACGCUGCUUGCUGAUGUUUUGGCAGGAGCCACAGUGUCAGUAAUGGGUGUGCCAGAGAGUCUUUCGUAUGCCCAAAUCGCUGGCCUACCCUUCGAAUAUGGAUUGUAUGCCUUGAUUGUGCCCCAACUGGUGUAUUCAUUCAUUGGCCAGUCCAGACAGCUGAUGGUGGGUCCAGUUGCCAUGCUCUCACUGCUGCUCCGGGCUGGUCUUGAGGGUGGUGUAGAUGAGUACCAAUGUCCCAUGUGGCACAAUCAGACCCACAGCGAGCUGGAACGGCAAAGAGAGGUCUGCCAAGAGAAGUAUAUAGAUUUGGCCAUAUUGCAAACUUUGCUGUCUGGGUGCGUUCUCACGCUGUGUUGCGUGUUGCAAUUGGGCUUCCUCUUGAAAUUCCUGGGUCACCCAGUGAUCAGUGGUUUCUCCAGUGGGUCUGCGAUUGUAAUCAUGAUGCACCAGUUGAAAAACUUCCUUGGGGUGAAGGUGGCAGAUUCGGAAUUUCCCAUCCUAAAGCUUGUGUUUUUUGCCAAGCGUGCUUCAGAAGGCCAGCCCAUCACACUGGGGUUUGGCUUGCUUUUCACAUUUGGUUUGGUUGGCCUGCGGAAGGUGGGCAUGAAAUGCGGCUGGAAGGUGCUGGGCUCUCUUGGGCCACUACUGAGCUGUGUUUGUGGUGUCCUUUUGAUUUACUUGUGCAAGCCCCUGCAGCAUAUCGAAGGAUUGGAGUAUAUGAAAGAGAUUCCUGGCGGGUCUUUGCCUUGCGCUUGGACAAUCUUCUCGAGAUGGACCUGGUGGGAUGUGAGAAGGAGUCUACCACUCUCUGUUUCCCUGGGUCUCAUAGGCUUUCUCGAAGCUUUUGCAACAGCUAAGAGCCUGGCGAAACGGCAUGGCUACGAAGUUGAAUCUGGACAAGAGCUGCUGGCUCUGGGCAUGUCGAAUAUUGCCGGCUCCAUCUUCACGUCAUAUCCGGCCUCUGGAAGCUUCUCUCGCAGUGCCGUAUGCAGUGCUAGUGGGGGUGUGACUCAGCUUUCUGGUAUCGUAUCAGUUCUGCUAUCGCUUUUGGCCCUGUUGUACCUCACUCCGCUUUUCUACUACCUCCCCAAGUUUGUGCUGGCUGCGAUCGUUGUGAGCUCCGUGUCAAAACUUGUGGCCUAUGACGUAGCCAUCAACCUGUUCAAAAUUAAAAAGAGUGACUUUGUGAUGUGGAUGACAGCCUUUGUUGGCACUCUUUGCCUUGGACCACUGCUGGGCAUCGGCUUGGCGGUGAUGCUCUCCUUGGCUGUGGUCAUCUAUGAGUCCGUACAUCCUCAAAUUCAGGUUCUUUGGCGCAUUGAGGGUACUUGUGGCUAUCGCCCUGUUCAACAGCAGGAUGCUGAUGGCACAUUUAUUGAUGGAAUUUUUAUCGUCCGUAUUGGUGCUUCUCUAUAUUUUGCCAAUGUUGCAUACGUUGAAGAAACCCUACGAACUUUGAUUGCCGACAUGAAUGACAUAAGUAGAAUUCAUUACCUUGUACUCGACUUCACGCCGGUUACAACAGCGGACUACUCGGCCAUCGAGGCGCUGAGUGAUGUGCUCCAAAACUUCCGGGAAAAAGGUGUUCAAGUGGCAUUUGCUUGCAUCAGCAUGCGCUUGGAGGGAGCCUUUGAACGCUUCGGCCUGCUGGACUCUCUUGGAGAGGAGUGGCGCUUCCACACUGUCCACGAGGCAGUCCUGCACUGCACCAGCCACUUUGGCGGUGGAAGCAGGCCGUCCCUUGAGCAGGAGAUGGAUAUUGCCUUGAGUGAGUUAAAGCGCGCUGAAGCUCGUGUGAAUGAACUGCGUCAGUUGUGGGCCGGAUCAGCUGCUCCCAAUGUUGGGAAGAGAUAGAGUCAUACAGACGUCUUCUACGUCUGUCACAGAGGAGAAAUUGUACAGACGUAGGAUGUAGAGGUUUCAGGUUUUAGAGUCUGUACCCACUUGGCUGGAAUCAGGCCACCUUUUUGGCAUGCCUUGCAUGCAUAUUUUCAGAAAUAUCGAUUGCGAUAGUUGGAACAGUGGAGUCAGCCGUCUUUGAGCUUACCAAAUGUAUACACGCAUUGCUCUUCUUGAUUGUUCUUCAAUGAUACUUGUCACCUGCAAUCAAGCUGUAAAGCAGCUCACGCUUUCUG